GGGGAUUCAAAGUAAUGCAGAUCAACCCGGCGGCCAACAGGGCCUUCUUCAGAGCUCAAAAUAAUUAACAUAUCUCUUGACUGGGGAAAGUUUUUUGGACCCAGUUAUUGACGAGAUAUGUCUGUUUACUAAGACCUAUUUUAGUCCUUUUACGAGAUUGUACUAAGUAACACCUUUUGUCCUCUUUUAGUCGUCUGUGAAGACAUCCCUCCCCGACGUUUUAAGUCAACACGUGUUUAUGGAUACUUCCGGGACAUUUGGUCAAGCUCUGAUGGACCUGGGUACAACACACUCGAUUUUACUCAGUGAUGACGCCAUAGAGUCACUUGUCACCGCUGACAACAGAAGAGUUCACCCGGUCGCGCAUUCUCCGGGCAGCAAGCUGCUGUGGCGAAUUUUAGAGACUGAAGGCUCAUGCAGUAUUGACAAAGUUACUUCGGAUAGUUUGCAGAGGGCUGUGCGACAAAUAAGACAGUGCCACAAGACGUUUAUAGCCGCUGACCUUAAAUGCAAACAGAAAACUGAUAUUUUAAAGGAACUUGAUGUAUUGGUAGAAAUACUACUAUUCACAACCAGGUAAUGGAUGUCAUUUUGUGUCAUGUUUGCGAUGUUUUCUCCUUUUGUUUUCUUCUUCAAGCUUAACUUGCUGUCUGGAAGACUUGCCCACAUAUCGAACUGCAUAAGCGGAGCUCUGAGCGAGAAAUAUGUCCGCUUCGUUCAAAACCCGAGAACGAAGAGCGCAAGGAGGAGAAAUAAUUGCAAGCUCGAGCUUCUCGCCUGGACUACUUUCAACCACAAAGGACUAAGAAAGUGUAGUAACGACUGUUUGGGAGUCGAGACCUCAACAAUGCAACAUCAUGUCGCGGGAAAUCUGACACUUAUCAUGUUAACUCUACUCCAACACCUCUGAGACUCUGGUUGAGGCAGGAGGAAGCUAUCAAAAACCUGCCAGACCUUUCUCUCUGUUAGUCGAACUCUGCUUGCUGGGGACUUUUUGCGUUUUAUAACUUAAAGAGAAUAAUAUUUUCCGUUGAUAUC